AUGGAAAGGUUAAGGUUAUGUAAUGACGUCACGUCUAAAAGGAAUCACACGUUGAAACCAAGGGUCGUGUUGCCAGAGAAUUAUGUUAAAGAAAUGCGACCUCCUUCUCGCAAAGGGGAUCCUGUUGUCGUUGAAUUCAGUAUCUACGUGGUUGACGUUAAUUCCAUAAACGUUGAGGACAUGGACUUCAGAGUGGAUAUGUUUAUACGACAAACUUGGAUCGAAAGCAGACUACAGUUACCAGAGGAUAUUUUUGAGGAAGGUGACGAUCAUGUCACUCUGCCUCCAGAAUUCUUCAACAAUCUUUGGCAUCCAGACCCUUACUUCCUAAACUCCAAAGUAACGGAGAUAGCCGAAUUGACUCAUAAAUUUUCGUCAGUGACCUUAUAUCGAAACCAGACAGUGAGGUAUGCGGCCAGAAUGCACGCUAUCAUUGCUUGCCAGAUGGAAUUUCAACUUUAUCCCAUGGACAUACAAUCCUGUCCAAUUUACAUAGAAAGUUUUUCCUACAGCAAUCAGAAAGUGAGAUUCCGCUGGAGUGUUGCAGGUGUGACGAUCAAUCCAGAACUCAAGUUAUUACAAUACCAUAUCGGUGAACCACUGCGACUGGAAGAAACUAACGGUUACAUGAUCGAUAAAGAUGGUAACUAUUCUAGACUGGUGGUUUACUUCAGAUUCGAACGUCAAAUUGGUCAUCAUUUGAUUCAAACCUUUGCACCUUCUUCCCUUGUGGUGAUGUUGUCCUGGUUCAGCUUUUGGCUGGAUCUAGAUGCGAUACCCGGGCGAGUUACAUUGUUGGUUACUUGCAUGUUGACGCUUGUUACAAUGUUUACUGGAUUGAGAGCCGAUAUACCGCCAGUGGCAUAUGUAAAGGCAUUGGAUCUUUGGAUGGCGGGUUGUAUGAUGUUCGUUUUCGCUGCUUUAGGAGAGUUCGUGGUUGUAAAAGUGUUAGACAAACAAUAUCAAAUGAACAAAACAAAGGCUCAAGAAUCGAUGCCCAGAAUAAUUCCUGUGCGGCUUAAUGGCGAAAAGGGAUCUUGUGGUACUGUUGCUGCUUGGGAGGGAAGUGGGGUUCGAUGUAGGAAAGUGGACCUGACCUCUCCUACGUCACCUCCGGCAACUACCCCGGCAACACACCAAGUACCAGGAGCUACUGCUCAUCUGGUGGGAGUUGAAAGACGCCAAAGUAUAUUACAGGUGGCGUGGCUAGACGCGGACACCGGACAAGAAAGAGUUUUAUGGCGAGAAAUUGACAAGCUUUCGCGGGUUGUAUUCCCGGCAUUAUUCUUAUUAUUUGUUACAAUGUACUGGCCAGUCCUGUUAUUGAAAACUAAGGCAUCUUUAAUAAGAUAUGAAUGUAUUGUAUAUAAAAUGUAG